AUGCCUAGGUUCAUCAUGUCCCGGAUUCGAUUCCCAGUGCCUCAGACUUGCAUGCUUACUGUUAGAAAGUGGAGUUGGCCAAUCACAUCUAUUUGUGAUUCCAGGCAUCAGCAACGCGGAGGCGAGGCAGCCUGGCAAGGCGCCCAACUUCAGCGUGAACUGGGCAGUGGGCGACCAGGCACUGGAGGUCAUCAACGCUACCACGGGCAAAGACGACAUGGGGCGCGCCUCGCGCCUCUGCAAGCAUGCCCUCUACAGCCGCUGGGUUCGCCUGCACUCCAAGGUACAGAAAGGUCCAACACACACAACACAAUGUCUCUCCUUGUCAAGGCAUCUAAGUGUUUAUGACAUUCAGCACUGCACACAGACGGUGUGAGCAGCACAACACAUUAAGACCAGCGGAAGCACAGAUGAAGUCGUUGUACAUUUAAACACUGUACAAGUUGCUCCUCAAUAUUUGAUUCAACAUAGUCUUCUUAUCUCAACAUCUGUUUGCUCCCCACCCCAGCUGUCAUCCACACUGAGGAUCAAGGUGUCCAAGCCCAGCUCGUACCAUGAUGCCAAGCAGGCAGCGGUGGAGUACCACAACGCCAAGCAGACGCUCAUCAAGGUCUUCCACAAGUCGGGCCUGGGGGCCUGGGUGAAGAAGCCCAUCGAGCAGGACCAGUUCUCCCUCAACUCCUGA